CGCCCCCGCCGCUUUCACAACCCCGCCGCCGCCGCCGCCGAUGUUUUCCUAUCCGGGACCGGGCGCAUGGCGCGGCCGCCGGGGCCGCUUCUCCUCCUUCUCUUUCCUCUCCGCUUCCUCCUGCACCUCUCCGCCGCCGCCGGGCGGCCCUGCGGCCCCGCUGGACUGCCACGGGACACGGUGUUGGGCCUCCUGGGAGCCAACAUCACUCUGACCUGCCAGGACGAGCAGCCUGCAAACGCCACGGUGCUGUGGCAGGUGGAGAAGCAGGGAGCAGCAGGGCAGCUGGCAGAGGGGAACACGCUGCUGCUGAGGCAGCUGCGCUACGAGGACUCAGGGCACUACAGCUGCUCCGUGGGGAGCCACCUGCUGCGCUCCCUGCGGCUGCUGGUGGCAGAGCCCCCUGAAACUCCCCAGGUGUCCUGCUACCGGCGGAGCCACGACAAGGAUGUGCUGUGUGAGUGGCCACAGCAGAAGAAGCCGUCCCCAGGGACACGGGCGAUGCUGUGGGUGAGGAGGAGGUUUGUGGCUGAGAAUGCCACAGAGCAGCGGUGCCGCUACUUCUCCAAGGCACGGAAGUUCCUUUGCCGGCUGAAGGUGCCACCUGGCACUGAUGACACCAAAAGCCUCGUGGUGUCCACGUGUGUCAGCAACAGCGCCGGUGGCUCGGCUGGCAAGGACAAGAUCAUCACCCUCAGCAGUGUCUUGAGGCCAGACCCGCCGGUGAAUGUGACAGUGCAGGCUCUGGAGAGGGCCCCACAGCGGCUGCAGGUGAACUGGUCCUACCCCCCCUCCUGGGACCCCCGCUUCUACUGGCUGCGCUUCCAGGUCCGCUACCGCCCCGAGCCCGCCCCGACCUUCAUGGAGGUGAGACCCUGCCUGCUGGGACACCCCUUGGCCCUGGCCAGGCUGUCCCCAGCCCCGUGUCCCCUCCUCCAGGUGGAUCAGGUGAUGACAACGUGGCUCGAUAUCCGCGAUGCGUGGCGUGGGACGAGGCACGUGGUGCAGGUGAGGGCCAAGGAUGAGUUUGGCCAUGGCACGUGGAGUGAGUGGAGCCAGGAGGCCGUGGGCACCCCCUGGACAGACCCUUGGGAGCUCACCUCUGAAAUGGAGCCUUACAGCUCACAGGUCCCCACAGAAGAUGACACCUAUGGGGUGACACUGUCCCCCAGGCUCUUCGAAGAGGAUGAUGCUAAUGGUGCUGGUGGGUCUGUCAUGGAAUCCAGCACCCAUCCUGUAGCAUCCCCCUACGCCUUCCUGGUCACCGGGGGCAGUCUCCUCCUUGGCAUCGCCCUCUUUGUUGGCAUCGUGGUGAGGUACAGGCAGAUGUGGUGGACGAGCGGGCAGGAGACGAGCAAGGCAGAGGGUGAGGGACAGCACAUGCUGGUCCCUCUGAGCAUACCCCCACCCACACUCAGUGACACCCCUCUGCUCUCACAGCCUGCCCCCUCAGCCCCUGGAGGGCUCCACACCACUCAGGCAGAUUAUUCCUCCUCAGGGCAGUAGCCAGGGGCUGAAUGUGCUGGGAGAUGCUUGGGGGUUGGAUGGAGGGUCCCAGGGCUUUGAUGUGGCUCUGGGAGCAGUUCCCCCCCCCAAUAUCUGGUGGCUCUGUGGCUGGGACAAGCCUCUGAGGAGGGGAAUCAAUGCCAUCCCCCAUGGGGAACAGCUAGGAAAAACAGACUGGGUCCUGGGGGCACCUUCAGCACCAAGCUGGGAUGGCCAGGAGUGACAGCACUGGAAUUGUGGCUGCACCAGAGCCUGGGGGACCUGGGACCCGGUCUGGGGGUCCCACAGGGAAGGAAGGGCCUGGUCCCUACAGUGCCACGGGGGUCGGGGAGGGAGGGCCUGGCUGGAUCAGCCCCACACCUCUGCUGCAGCCCCCUCGGGGCUCCUUUUUAAAGCACACGUUGGGGAAACAGGACAAUGGGGCUCAAAUAAAUGAUUUGGAUUUAUACUGGAGUGGCUGCUGGGAGUGGGGUAGCAGAGGGGUCACUGCAGCCCCCCAUUGUUUGGGAGUGUCUCCAGUGGGGUUGUACCCCCACUUCAUUCACCUUGCUGUACUCUGUGCACCCCCACAUGUACCCCAGGCUGUUCUCUGUGGUUCACUGGUGCCUCCCAGGCUGUACCUCCUGUGCUGUGCACACCUUCCUGCCUCAGACCCCCCAACCCUGCACCCCUGCCCUGUACCUCAACCCUGCACCCUCAGCCCUGUAGCUAGCCCUGCUUCUUCUGCUCUGCACCCCAACCCUGUACCCCAACCUUGCACCCCAAACCCUGUACCCCAACCUUGCACCCCAAACCCUGCACCCCAGCCCUGCACCCCAGCCGUGCCUCCUCUGCCCACCCCAUGGUGCUGGGUUGUGCAACACCCCGGGGAGCUGCAGCUGCAGCCGGGCAGGAAACCACAGCUUGAGGGUGCUCAGGCACCCUGGGGAACAGUGUUCCUCUUCCCUGCUGCUGGCCCCCCCGCUAUAAAAAGCCUGGCAGGAUGCAGAUGUGCUCCUGGGGGAGCCCCAGUACCCCUGGGCCCCCCAAAACUGGUGAUUCCAGCUGGCACAAAGCCCAUCUCAGGACCACUGCUCCCUCUCAGCCAACAAGUUUAUUUUACUACGUCAUUACACAUUCCAGUGUCACUGCAUGCCCCCAGCCCGGGCACGGUGCUGGCACAGGGCGGGCAGGAUUGUCCCAGCGAAAGGGGCACAGCCCUGCUGGAGUCCAGGAGCGGGGUCCCCUCAGGGCUGCAGACGUGCCGGGGUUUCUCUCACCGGACCCUUCCCGUGCUUCGUGCCCAUCGCUGUCUCACGCCUCGGGGUGGGGAGGGCUCGCAGACCACUCGGGGGCGGCAUCAGCCGGCGCUAAUGCAGCUUGCAGUGCACGGGGUGCAGCAGGGCCAUGUGCUCGGCCCCCUUGAAGGGCAGCUUCUCGGUGGAGUAGUAGUGCACAACUUCGGGGAUGCUGGAGAAGACGCCGCUGGCCUGGCUCAGCGUGUACUUGUUGUCCUUGGUCUGGGCCACGAUGAUGUGAACGCAGCCCUGGCUGGUCCUGGGCGGCCAGCAGGCAUCAGUGCAGCCGCCAGCCCCCCGGCGCCCGCCUGCCCCGCGGCCGUAUCCACCCCUGUUUGUUCCCGUCCCGCUCUGAUUGUUUCGGCUCCAGGGGCUGCACUUCCUCAGGAAGGAAACGCCGCUGGCGCUCCCGACAAUGCGCCGGGGAGGGGGACACGCCGAACCCCCCCUCCGCCCCAGCCGCACACCGGGAGGAUGCCGGGGUCCCCCCGCGGGUCGGGGGGUGCCAUCCCUCGGGGUCCGGGUGCUCCCUCCCCAUCGGGGUUUUUGGUGGGAACAACCAGGGGGGAAGGAACUCCCGCCGAAGCAGCGCCCCAGGGUGGGGAUUCACCCCAUCUCCCCAGUGUGGGACCCCCCCAGUUCUGUGGGCACCCCGACACUCACUUGAGCGCGAUGGAGUACUUGCCGCU